GUGGUCAGUCUUCCCCCCACUAACUUGGAAUGGUUUCAAACCGCGAGAAGCCACGCUUGAUCGCGGCGAGCCCCGCAUUCCUCCCUGCGUUCCGCGGAUCGAUGGUCGCGUAAAGCCGUGACGCUGCGCUGUCACCUCACACAGGCUUGAAGACAUGAUCACUAGCAGCAGUAUUUAUGGUCUAAAGAUGCAGUGGACCCCGGAGCACACACAAUGGGCAGAACAACACUUUGACAUCUCAUCUACUACCCGCUCUCCAGCUCACAAAGUGGAGGCCUACAGGGGGCACUUACAGCGAACAUACCAGUAUGCGUGGGCAAACGAUGACAUCUCUGCGCUGACUGCCUCCAAUCUGCUCAAGAAAUAUGCAGAAAAGUACUCUGGGAUCCUAGAAGGCCCAAAUGAAAGAGCCCUGCUGUGCUCCUACUCGGAUAGCACCAGUGGACUCGUGAAUGGAAGAAAGUCGGAGAAUGAGUCCUGGCAGGAGGGGAUUUACCCAAUGAACUGUGCUCCAGAUGUUAUAUCUGUGAGCAAAGCUGGAAUGACAGCAGCCCUCCCCCCUACAGACGUGUCUGCGAGCAUAGGAAGCUCUCCAGGGGUGGCAAGCAGCUUGUCUGAGCCUAGCUACUCCAGCAGUAACUGUGGGAGUCACCCAGCCACCACUCUUCACUCGGGCCUCCCCUCUCAGGAAUAUAAUGCCAGUUACAAUGGCUCUUACCUGCAUUCUAGCUACAGUAGCCAGAGCACCCCAGCCCUCCCCUCCCCUCACCCCUCUCCUCUGCAAAGUGCUGGGCUCCUACAACCACCACCACCUCCGCCUACUUUAGUGCCAAGCUACAAUGCUGGAUCUCCUAACCUUCCCAACUAUAGUUAUCCUCCAACAGGGUAUGCUUCACAGACCGCUGCAGGUCCUGGUUAUAGCCCUGGGGGAGCACCACCACCCUCGGCUUAUCUGCCAUCUGGUAUUGCAGCACCCACUCCAAUACCUCCUUCCACUCUGCCCGGUUAUACCUACCAGUCUCAUAGUCACACACCAAUCACACCUACACCUUUAAAUGGUAGCUCAUCUAACUCAUUAAAACGGAAAGCUUUCUACAUGAGCGGACAUGGAGAUGUGGACACAAGCUACGCUAAUUUCAGCUACAACCAACAGCGUUCCUCACAGAGCCCUAUGUACAGAGUAGCAGACACCAGCAUCUCCGACUCAAACAGGGGCACUGGCUUUGAAAGAAACACAGAGCCAUCAUCUUUAGCUUUUAAACCAACAAAACAGCAAAUUUCCUCUGAUCAGCAAAGAAAAUUUAACUUGCACUCCAGCAGAGCACUGACUCCUCCAUCUUAUGGAUCAACCAAAAACUCUGCAGGAGAUCUAAGAACUGGGGAGCCAUACAGCAAAUUCGGGUCUCCAAUCAUGGGCGAGCAAACUGAAGAGCACAGACAGCACAUCCCCCACUCCCUUUCAGGGCCUGAUAUAGGAACGGCUACCUCAUCCAUCCAGGCUGCAGAGGAACAACUUAAGAACAGUGAUUCCAGUCUGGUAGAAUUGGUUAACACCGAAAUCCUUCAGCAGGGUUCUCCGGUAGACUGGACUGACAUUGCAGGUCUAGAUAUGGCCAAAGCAACUAUUAAAGAGGAAAUACUGUGGCCUAUUUUGAGACCUGACAUGUUUAGCGGACUUGCCACAUUACCGCGGAGCCUGCUCUUAUUUGGACCUCGGGGAACUGGCAAAUCACUGCUGGCCUGCUGCAUGGCCAGCCAGCUGGGGGCUGCUUUUUUGCGGCUGAGUGGCUCAGCACUGGUCACAAAGUGGCUUGGAGAAGGGGACAAGAUCAUCCAAGCUUCUUUCCUUGUAGCACGCUGUCGUCAACCAGCAGUAGUCCUAAUCAGUGAUGUGGACCUGCUGCUGUCUGCCCAACUAACCGAAGAGAGCCCAGUAAAUCACCUAAAGGCUGAGCUACUCAUCCAGCUCGAUGGUAUUCUGACCUCUGCAGAGGACCACGUUCUUGUGGUCUGCUCCACAAGUAAGCCAGAAGAGAUCCCUGACACCCUACGGAGGUACUUUACGAGGCGUUUGCUCAUCCCUUUGCCUGAUGGGAGUGCACGCCAUCAGAUAAUCAGCCAACUUCUCUCACAGCACAACUAUUGUCUCAGUGACAAAGAAAUAUCAUUACUCGUUCAAAGGACAGAGGGAUUUUCAGGGCUGGAUGUAGUCCAGCUGUGUCAAGAGGCUAUGGUUGGCUCUCUCCAUGGCAUUCCUGGGGCUGAACAUCCCAGCAUCCAUCCCAGUCAGAUUAGACCUGUCGCAUACCAAGACUUUGAAAAUAUAUUUUGCAAAUUCCAGCCUAGCAUAUCACAGAAAGAGCUAGAUGUAUACACCGAGUGGAAUAAAAUGUUUGGUUGUAGUCAGUAAAGGGGACCAACUGGACACAAUUUCCUUACUUUACUGUGUUAAGUAUAAAUAAAAAGUUUGGUCUUUUUUAAACAACAAAAAAACAGUGGUGACAUCAACAUUUUAUGUAGAGCUUUGGACAUCAUACAAUGCUACAUCCAUGCUCAAAACUAACUUCGAAGGGAUGUCCCACUUUUUUGUACAUAGAUAUAUACAAAUAUAUAUAGGUAUAAUGCUGAUUUUGAGAUUUAGUUGCAAUCAAGUGCCUGAGAUGGUGCUGUUUAAGUUUCUUUUUUGCCUCACAAUCUUCAUUGGUGAUACGUGCUAAUAUAAAAACAAGCUUUACAAUGUGAAAAAAACUUUUUCUAUUACAGCAGUGUUGUUCAGCUGUGUCUGUUUUGUGAUCUCUGUAAAAUGUUGUGGUUAAUUUCAGCUGAAUUAAAUUAAUUGGCAGAAUUUCCCUUGAGCUUCAUUUCCUGGCACAGGUUUCAUGUGUGCAUGUAGGUUAUUUAGUUAUAGUAAAACUGUCACAUAUAUAUUUUACAUUUAUUUGUUUUCAUUGCCUUCUAGAGUUACAUUUAAUCAAUGUACUGGGCUUGUUUGGGUUGGUCUACAUACAAAACAUUACAAGGUGGUAUCAAUUGAUGUUGGAAGUAUUGACACCAGGGGUAAGUUUAUGUAAAAAGCUUUAAAAUAAAUUCAUAUUUAACUGCAGUAGCUAAAUAACCAUCCUGAAAUAUUUAGAAAAGCUCAGCAUAUAUUUUCAGUACAUUAUUUAAGGACUAAAAAUACUUUUCUUUUUAAAAAAACAUCAACACCGCUUUUAUAGAUGCCCUUGCGUUUUUAACCUUUUAAACCUCUUUUGCCAAAAGAAAAAGACCUAGGGCCUGAUCUUUGCAUGUAUUCAAAACUUGUAAGCACUUGCAAAACUGAUCUUAGCACAAGGCUGCAUAGCAAUUUGCGUGUGCAAAAAAACAGUGGGCAGAGACUUCCUUUCUUUUUUCUGCAUUGGAAAAUUUAUGGAGGAUAAUAGUCAAUUGAUAUACUUACCAUUGGCGAAGCGAUGUAUUACAACUAAACAGGAUUGAGGGUAAAGUUUUUGCAUCUAUGUUUAACAUGCUUUUAAGUCAGUUGCAAACUCAUGCAAAAUUGUUUGUUUUAGUGCCGACAAGAGAGACAUUGGUACAGUGCCAGUUGAUGGAGAUUGUGGGCAUUUGCGAACAUAUUGGAUGGCAAGAAACAAAAUAUUUGUUGGUAAAAAAUGUCUGGCCUGGCAAGCUCAAAUUAAUUAAAAAGGAAUACUAGGUUUAUGCAAUUACACCAAAGUGAAAAACACCAUGACUGUACUUGAAUAUUGUAGCAUCUUUAUAAAAAAGCAAAAGAAUAUUAAGAGUAACCAAAUAACAAAAAUCACAGGUUCUGUAAAGAGACAAAGAGAGGGAACUUAAAAAUGUGCAUACUAACUUGUGGUAGGGGGGAAUUUUUUCCCCACUCAUUGUUCUUUUAGAGGUUCCUUGCAAAAACAUUCAUUUCACUUUUUUAGAACAUUGAAUGAAUUAAAUUACUGGCCUGCUCUAUUUGGCAAUAUUCGGGGUAAAGUGGGUGUUUUGAUUUGUUUGUCGAGGUAAAUCCAAGUGAUUUUAAAGCGUAUAUCACUGUAAACCUGACCCUUGCUCCUUCUUGGUCCUAGGGCUUUGGAGGAAGGAAGUGAAAUGUUCUUACUUUUAAUAUUUUUAGCAUUUUUUUUAACUUUAUAUGUCACAAUUUGAGAUAUGUAUAUAUAUAUAUAUAGUUAUUUCCUUUUUUUUUAAUAACCAUUGUUAACUCCAUUAUUGCUACCCUCAAACUGCUAGUCGCACACAACUUAACCUGUUUACAUGUUUUUUACUUUGCCCAUGCAGUCUUUGUAAAUCACAAGCAACAUGCAUAUGCAUUUUUUUUUGUCCAACCAAUUCAGUGCUCCUUGCAGUAUUUGGAUUUCUUUGAAGGUCAGGCCCUAAGUCUUCUCCAGGGCCAAUUAUUACAGAGUGCUGUGUCCUCUCUUCUAACGUUCUCUAUUCUCCUCUCUUCAGGUCUGAUGUAUAUAAAAAAAAAAGGUUGAUGAAGGGCAAAAUAAAUAAUUUGGAAAAAAAAAUAUUUUGGAUCAAAGACAUCAGACCACAUCAAAUUUCUAUUCAAGCAGUUAUCUGCUUUCAGGGAUAUCAGCCACUUACCCCUAACCUUUGAAAAAGAAUAGCAUGAGACGCUCCACCACACUCAACAGUGGGGUUGUUGUGGUGACGUCGUAUGUAUUUAUUUUUUGUUUUGUCAAAGAUACUGGCUAUCAGCCAGUGCUCUAUUUAUUAAGGUCAGACACAGCAAGCUAAGCACCUUGUUAUUGUGUACGUUUUUAAGCUUGGGUUUCUGCACAUGCUCCAAUAUCUUUCCAAUUCUGAGCAUUGAAUUUGAGGAAUUGAUCUCUGUGUCAUGUCCUAUUUAAAAUCAAAGUCAUGAAUUACUUAUUAAAGCCUCCUAAACUCCUUUAAAAUGACUCAAUUAGAUGAAGUAUAUUUUAGUAGAAUUUUUAAGGGACACAAAUUAUUGCAAGCAAUAUGAUUAUAUCACAAUAUAUUUUUGAAACAGUUUUGUUAAAACAUGCUAUUGCAGUAUGCGGUGAAAUUAUUUUAAGGCUUUUUGCACAUUACUAAAUUUGGCAGAUGCUUUUAGUUGCAAAGUUAUUCCUAAAACAUAUCCCUGCAGUCAUUUAUUAGACAAGUUAUCCAUAAAUUCUUUUUCCUAUUUGAAAUCUCAGGAAUGUGUUUGUGAUAUACACUUUACAAGCUUGUAGUAAAACACUAUGCAUGACAAACAUUGGGUUUACUGUACGUUUAAAACUGUAUCAUUAAACACAUUAGGAUUUUUAAAAAAUGUCAAAAAGGUCAAAACAUAAGGGAUUCUGCAGUGAGGAGAUAAUGGUUUAUUUUCAAACUUAAAAAUCAAUUUGUUUAUAAUAUUCAACCUUUUUAUAUAUAACUUGGUACAACUAAUGGCUUGCCUCAUUGUGUUGGGAUAGUAUCACAGUGUCGGCAUAUAUAGUGGGGGAUUACACAUUUUUUUUUAAUUCAAUGUUGGCAACAAAGUCGGAAACCUUAAUUUACAGGAAAAUAAAACACCAAUCUUGUUAUUUAGACCCCAGUUUAUAGAUUGAUGGGUUCAUUUUGUGCCAAGAAAUUUAAUAAGUUCAAACAAAUAUCUUAAGAUUGAGAGACAAUUGACCACCCCAGUACCCCCCAUUGGCAGUUUAUGAUUUAUUAAAACCCAAGGCUUAUGUACAGUGUAAGUUUUGUUGUGUUACCUUGUUGCAUUUAUCUUUUAAAGAGGAAUUCACCAUUACAUCUUAAUGUCACAACUUUUCCAUCUUGUUUUAUAAUGAUGCUAAAUGAACAGAAACAGGAUUUUGUGUUUAAUCUAUGCUUUAUAUUUUUCUAAGUUUUUCACCACAUGAUGCACUUAAAGGGCAAUACCACUGACAAUGAAACAGUCUGCCUUUGCCUUUGGACAAGUUUUUUUUUUUUUUUUUUUUUUAAAUCAGCUUAUAUUCAGUGCCACAUGUCAUUGCUGUACCUUGUUUGAACCCUGAAUCUGCAAUGUCAAGUGGAGAUGUUUCAGAAACCUGAGUGUUUCUGUGCGUGCAUACUUUCUGUCCUAUGGUAUUUCAAUAGACGUUUACACAAAAGUGUUUUUAUUAUAUCUCAAAGUCAUUAAUUUAGUUGCAUUUCUUAUAUUCUAAUCCUACAUAUUAUUUGUAUGGAAUACAACUUUUUUCCAGUUACUUUAAACUGUUGCUGUGUUUUUACACUGUUUGCUGCCAAUAUCUUGCUAAAUUUCCGUAGUACAUUUCCAACAAUGUAUGAGUCAGUCUUAGAGUUUAAUUGGCAACUUAAAAUAUUGAAUGUAUUAUAUUGUGAGCAGAGCACUUGCACACUGAACCAUGCCAGAUAAGAGGAGAGCACUGACAGGGUAUUUAUACAGAAACUGCAGAUUAACAAGCUUUUUUUUUUUUCUUUUUAAAGAAGGUCACUUAAUACAAUACUUCUUGAUGCUUUAUCACAUAUUAUUUUUAAUCAAAAAUUUAGCAUUGUAUGAUUGUUUGGAACUAAUAACUUUUCAAGGUCUGGACAUUUGAGGAGUUUCCAAGACAAUAGCACACUUUGAGAAAGUUGUUAAUUUAUCCAGAGUGAUACUUGACUCUAUUUUUCCAUUAUGUGUAAUUCUCUGUUUGUACUCAAGUUCUAAUAUGUUUGCUGUAUUAUGGUCAGAACUGCACAACGGUUGGUGAUUUGUGGAAUGAUUAUUAUUAGUUUAAACAUGUAGAGACAUACAGUAUGUGUGGGAACCGAGUGCCUAUACUGUAUGUGUGUAAAAGGGUAAUUAAUUUGAAACUCCUUUCUAUCAUCCAUUGGAUCCCAUGGCACCAAUUUAACGAUCAAAGCUGGUUUGUUUGUUGUUGUUUUUUAUGUAAAGGUUAACUGUUGUUAAUAUGAAACUGGAACCAAAGUGAAACGGUUUCUCUGGCUCACCAGUUCACCAGUGUGCAUCCACAUUGCCACUUUGCCCCACUAUCUACUACCAUACAAACUUAAACCAUAGUGAAUCUGUUUUGUAAUAAUUUGGGGGUUUUCCUAAAUCAUUAAGAAAAGUAUUUUUAAAAUUGCUGGUCUCCAUAUAAAUGGAAAUUGAGUUGUAAUUAUUUGAAUGAUUUUAUUUGUUUUAUUAUAUUUCCAACUAUUUUGGCUCUAAUUCCCUUUUCAGCAAUCUGACUUUCAGAAAGCAAGAGCAAGUACAACUCCCUGUUUGUAGCUACUGUAUAACGAAUUUAUGUAUUCACUUUUCUUGAUAAGAUUCAGACUAUGUGAUAAGAAUACAGUGCCAUGGCUUAAAUGCAAAGGUUUUAAAAAAUAUAUGACUUGAAAAUCACAAAUAAGCAUGAAAUCAAUGAUGAGUAGAAUGAUAAGUAGCAUUCCUUUAGUUCUUAUAUCCUAAUUGUUUUGGGGGUUUUUAGAGAGUAGAAAAACAGUAUUUCCAAUAAGUAGAAUUUAUGUUUUUUGUUAGUAUGAGAAAACCCGUCAUCGAGCUAGCUGAGUGGCACUGCAAAGUAAUGUACUAAAGGGGAAGCAGUGUGCUACUUCAUGCUGCAUACAGUCCAAGUAGACUUUGGUUACUCUGGCCCAUUUUCUGGCACCUCAUUAAAAGAGCUUUAAAUCACAUGCACAUGCUGUUUUAGUUCUUAAACUGUUACUUUUUAGAACCAUUGCAGAUAUUGAUACAGGAAACCAGCCCAUGCCUGCAGUAGAGAAUGACUAAAUAAAAAUAGACCCAUCACCCCUCUGAACUGUCCAAUGGUAGAUAAGUCAUUUAUACCUACAUUUUUGACUCAAUUACUCUCGGUUCCACAAUGUAACCUUGCUAAUUAAAAAAAAGACAGAAAAUCAGACAAUAAAAAUAUGCAUUGCUUUUUAAAUGCUUGGCUCUCUUUGCAACAAUCACCAGUUUACAGCUUUAGAUUAAAGAACAAAAAAAAUCAAAGGCACAAAUGUCGGACAAGGUCGGAAUGUACAAACCUUUGGUUUGGUUUGUUAAACGUCACUUAGUAGUGAUUUAUUUUUAGAGGGGGCAUUAAAAAACUACCUUAACUUAGAUUAAGCACAUAUCUCACAGGUUUAAAUGGUCAGGGUUAAACAAAUAUCAAUGAGAUCCUGUCGUGUACAGUUGAAACCAGAAGUUUACAUACAGUCGUGAAAAACAAUUUAUUAAAACUCCUGUGUAAAAUUAAGAUUUGUGGGUAUAACAUUGUUCCCAUAAUCUUCUUUCCUCUUAAUAGAAUUUUUUAAAGAGCACCACUCCUUCCUGCAAUAAAAUAGUCUCACAUCAUUAUGCACCCUCCCCUGUAUUUCACAUCAGGACGUGUUCUAAGGCUAGAAAGAAUUAAUCAUUAGUCACCCAGAUUUAAGUAUGACUGUCAUGGCCAAAUACUUCUUAUUCUUUGAGUUGCAGCCUAGUCUUUAAGUAUGUUUUACUAAUAUUGUAAAAGUCCAUCAUUAUCUCUCUGUUCGCUUUUUUAUGGAGUCACAUACAGUACGGAAGUAGUGUGUUUAAGGUGUUGCCUUAAAAAAUACAUACAAAGAUAUUGGGAAUUAACCCAGUCAAAAUCAGAUAAGCCAUCAAGAUGGCAUUUGGUAAACCUCUUCAUUAAAAAGCAAAAUAGUAAUAAAAGGAGUUAAAAUAUAUAUAUAUUCCGUAAUUGUUUUGGCAUCUAGCAGAUCAAAAUAAUUUUGGCAAUUCUGAUUGAGCUAAAGCCUCAAUGCUUUAUUGAGGAUUUAUGUCUUUUUAUACAGUAUUUGUAAAUAUCUGGUUGAAUUUUUUUUUCCACUCUUUUACUCAAAGCUGCAUUCCCAUUAAUUUGAAUAUACACCUGACAGUAGGAUUGUGUUUUGCAAAAGCAGUUGGGUUUAAUGCUAUAUAUUUCACAUAUUAUUUAAUCUUUAAGAAACAGACAAAUAGACGUUUUUUGAGUGUAGUACAAUGAAAGGACCUGGAGACACAGACAGCACUUGACUAGAGCCAAUAAUAAGCACACCAUGAUCCUGAGUCUAGACUAAAGACUAUCAUCAUUUUCUUUCAGUAUUACUGUAAUUAGUUUCAUGUUGAGAAUUUGUUUUAAUGUAUUUCUCAUCCAAUAUAAAUCAUUAUACAUCCUUUAAAACCCUUUCUACCUCAUUGCUACAUAUUGUACUUAUAGUACUUAUGUCGUUUCAUUUUGAAUGUCAUUCAUUUGUGAAUUAGAAAUUGUAAAAAGAAGAAAAGAUUGCCCUUGAAUUUGAGCAGUCUACCUCAAAAAGACUGUCUUAUGCUGUCAAGUACAAGUCACAGAGAAGAAAAGACAAAAAAAACUGCUCCUUUAAGAAAAAGAUGAAGCUUAGCUGCACAAUCUGACAUACAGUUACAGUAUUUAGAAUAACACUUUCUAACUACAGUGUUAAAUAUGUUGUUUUCUGCAGUUUUUUUUUUUUUAAUGCAAACUCUAUUUGAUUGAAUUCUCUGUGAAUCCUGUAGUGCCAUAUUGAUGUUUAUGUGCUUUACGUGCACUGGCAAUUCUCCAUGUGAGUGAGAGGGGUCAAAGGCAACAUGUGAACAUUCUGAAUUUUUACUUUUCAUACAUGUGUACAAAAAAAUGAACUUGCACAUAGCUGUAUAUAUAUUGUAAAUUUGCUACUGAUAUACAUCAUACAUACAUACAAAAAGCGCCAUGUACUUGUUUAUACGUGUGUAUGUAUCGCCAUAUUUACAGUACAGUCAAUUUAAUUGUAUUUUAAUUUUACAGUACAUAA